AUGAGCCACUCGAGUAUGAGUCCAGAUAGUGGGAAGAAGGACCCCAACAUCGGACAAAGUGUAGAGGCAGACGAAAAGUCAAUUCAGGUUAUGCCCGAAGAGAACAGAGAAGUCUUUGAUUCGUCAGAGUUCCGUGCUCUGGGAUGGGUCAAAACCACCAUCAUUUUGAUGAAGCUCUGCUUCGCGACCGGAGUUCUCACCAUUCCAUCUGCUUUUAGCGUUGUUGGAUAUGGCCCUGGUAUCAUACUACUGGUGUUCUGGGGCGCUUUAACAACAUACUAUGCAUACAUCAUGUAUGCAUUCCGCAUGAAGUACCCAGGUGUCCAUAACAUCGCCGAUGCUGCCGCGGUAGUUGGCGGACCGAUUGCUCGUGAGAUUGCUGGAGCUCUAUUUCUUCUUACCUGGGUAUUAUCUUCUGGUUCAGGUUUUAUUGGUCUAGCACAAGGUUUCAAGACAUUAGCCGAUGGUAAAGUCUGCACGGUCGUCUGGACCAUGAUUGCCGCCCUCUUAACUGCAGUAGCAGCAAGUAUCCCAACAUUAGGUAAGCUUGCUAUACUGACUUGGAUCGGAUUUGCGUCCAUCUUUACCGCUGUGUUUGUUGUCGUUGUCGGUGUUUCGCAAGUCGAUCGGCCAGCUGCUGCCCCGCAAACUGGACCUUUUAACAUGGAGGUCAUUUCCGUCGCUCAUCCUGGAUUCGUUGCCGGUCUCACUGCUGCUAUCAACCUUUUUGCUGGCUACGCUUCGACUCCCACUUUCAUGCCCGUCAUCGCUGAGAUGAGAGUCCCAAGCUCAUUCCCUAGAGCUUUGUUCUCCUCUCAGGCUUUUCUUAUGGCAUGUUAUGUCUCCUUUGGCAUGGUCGUAUACUACUUCUGUGGUCAAUAUGUUGCUAGCCCUUCAUUGGGCAGCGCUGGUGGCACGGUCGAAAAGAUUGCCUACGGGAUUUCUAUUCCAGGCUUUAUCAUGACCUCCACUCUUUGGGUACAUUUAGCAGCAAAAUUUCUUCUCGUGCGUAUCCUGCGGAACUCUGAGCAUCUCCAAAAACAUAGCAUUAUUCACUGGGUGACUUGGCUUGGCUCUACUUUGGGUAUUUCGGCAGUUGCUUUCAUUACUGCUGAAGCUAUUCCUUUCUUCAGUUACUUGAUUGGUCUAAUUGCAUCAGCUUGUUGUGCCCCAACAUGUUUCAUCUUCCCCGCUUUGAUGGCCCUUUACAUGGACCGAGGAAAUCACAGGUCGUCUAAAGGCAAGAUUGUACUUUGUGGGUUGCAUAUCUUCACACUGCUUUUAGGUGCUUUUAUUACUGUUUCUGGCACGUAUACUAGUAUCCAGAGUAUCAUUGACGCCUACGCCAAUGGUGUUGUUGGAGGAGCUUUUACAUGUGCUUAG